AUGGCGCCUCAACCGACAGAAGAGGAGAAGGCCACUGGGGAUAGUAUUAGUCAACAAAAACAAAUGGAUGAAUUCUUCGAAUGGGCUGCAACACGCGAACCUGAAACCAUGACAGGGAAAUUGAAGAGGAAAGUGAAAGAGAAUCCCCUUGUUCCCGUAGGUGAGUUUGGGUUUAGGAACGAUGUUAUCAAUCUCGACCCAAAAGAUCAAGAGUAUGAUUAUGCAAUAGGAAAAUAAGAAUUUACGUCUAAUCUACUUGAAUUGAUAGAAAAUUGGAAGGAGGAUUUGGCCAGUUCAUUUCUCAUAACUUGACGGUUCCCAUAAUGCGGAGCUCUCAAGUUGAUUUGCUCGCAAAGAGUGAGAUUUUUCGAUUUUGACGCCACGGGUAUCACCCUCUUGGGGUGGGGGGUUGGGGGAGAGUUGUCUAUGAGGGUAUGAUCUCCCGGAGAAUUGUGAAAAAAUUAAGUAGUUGAUGCAAGUAUUCCUUCAUUCUGGGCAAGAAUUUCCAUAGCUGGGAAGUGUUCAAAGUGAUUACAAAGGGAACUAAAAGAAAAUUAUAUUGAGAAGGAUAACAGAUUCAGUAUGUACUUAGCUAAAGCAACAGUAUGUUUGCAAUCUCAAAAUCAACAGUUUAAAUCAGUAACCUUUAACACAUGAGAAAUAAUAAUUUCAGCAUGAGAUCAAGUUUGUUUGCACAAGUCUCCUGCUCAAUGUGCUAGUUGAGAGCUCUGUUAUUGGUGUUAUUACCCCCAGCAGAGAGUAACAAAGGGGCAACGCUAGAAUUUAAGAAAAAAAAAAUUUUCUCUGUCGUGUAUAUUUUCAUUUCUCUUCGUGUGUGUAUCUUCUGGAAAAUCUUGAGGUUUCACAAAAUUAAAGGAAUAAAAAGGGGUUGUGUAGACUUUAGGCAGUAAAUUACACCUCUUGCUGGUUCAUGAAUUCACCAAUCAUGUUGGCCUUUCUGCAAAAUUUAUGCAUCGCAAAUUACUUGUGGUCUUGACAAUGCAUCACAUAAAAAUGUUUUGCCACUUCCUUGACAGAAGAAACAAAACAAUUUUGGUUACCCCUAUUCCCACGGAGAAAGCCGUUUUUUUCUACCUCCUUUAGAAAAAAGAUGUUUCUUCUCACAAGAUCACAGUAUUAUUGCUGCAUACUCUCUGCUUCACAUUUUCCACAAUGAGAAGUUUGAGAAUAGAGUUCUAAUCAGAAUGUUCCCUUGUCUCCUUUUACAUAUACAGAUAAAAUAUUUUUUGAUUCUGUAAGAGGAAAUUAAUCUUUGGUUACUCCUGUUAAUGAAAGGGUUGAUUUUCCAUCAGGAAUUUUUAAAAGAUCAGAAGUGUUGACUUGAGAGUUUUGUCCUUGGCUCAAUAUCCACUGUGGUUUUAACCCUAUACACCCUAACAUCAUUAUACAUAUUCUCCAUUCUGUUCUCUAUAAAUUUCUAAGUUCUAACAAGGAGAAUUUGUAAAACCAUCAGGCACUUUGUUAGUAUCUGAUCAUUUCCUCUAUUCUUGCGACUUAAACAUUCAAUUCAAGGGAUAGAUUAUAAAGAAAAAUGAGAACCUCGUCACUCUUAGGAUUAAAGGGUUACAUGUAAGCAAGGCAGUGAUGUUUAUAGUUUUUUUUUACUAUAUGCGACAUUUAACAAUCUGUGAAUCUUUCCCCCUUUAUGCAGGUGCUCUUUGUACAAUUGGUGCUCUUUCAUAUGGUCUUUUUUCAUUUGUUCGUGGUGAUCAGAAAAUGCAGCAAUACAUGAUGAGGGCACGUGUUGCUGCUCAAGGAGGGACUCUAAUGGCUGUUGUUGCGGGAGUCUUUUACAUGCUUUACCAAGAAAGACAAGCUAAGGGUGGCAAAACAUGA